AUGCGUCAAGUUCACCUCGCCGUGCUCCUUGGCUUUGCCGCUUUUGCCACAGCUUUGCCAUCACCCUCCAUUGCUACUCAUGAUUACAAUCAUUACAAUCCUCACUCAGCCAAAGAUGCCAAAGUGCUAAUCCUUGGAGGAGGUGUUGCUGGCAUCAUUGCAGCAAUGACGAAACACAAAUUAUCAAGGGAUUCGACUCAAGAAACCCACACAUCUAACGAAGCAACAGCUCGUGGAAGCUCGCACCGACCCUGUAACAGAGCCGGGGUCAAGAGCAAUGUUAAGUACAGUGCAAAGAAGUUAAGGAUAUUGCGCUCAAAGGAUUCCCAUAGCCCUGCUCCCCCGAAUAUCAAGGAUCAGGCUGCCUCAUCUGGUGUGGAACUGGAGGCUGAUAUCCAAUCAGCACUUUGGGAUGCACAAGAGGCUGCAAGACGCAUGUAUCCACUUCCUGGACCUGCGAUAACUGUGGCGUCUGUUGACCAAGACGCACAAGCGGAUCUCGAUGCUGCUGAUGGUUUCCAGGACACAUAUUUGAAACCCCUCAGGAUAUUCGACACUGUUAUUGGAGAGAUUGCGAAUCUCAAGUGGAUCACGAUGAAGUGGUACUCAAACUUCUCGAGAAAAUAUGUCAAGUUUACAGUUUUGUGA